AUGGAUCAGAUCGCAACCCUGUGCAACAUUCUGGAACAAUGCCUGGAGUGGAAUUCGCUUUUGUAUGUCAACUUCAUUGACUAUGAAAGGGCGUUGGACAGCGUUGACUGGGAGUCUCUCUGGAUACUUCUGAGACACUACGGAGUGCCAGGAAAGAUAACCAACAUCAUCAGGAUGUCUUAUGAAGAAAUGACCUGCAGAAUCAUUCAUGGAAGACAGCUCAUGAGCGCCUUAGAAGUGAGAACCAGUGUGAGGCAAGGCUGCUUACACUCACCUUUCCUGUUCCUGCUGGCCAUAGACUGGGUAGUGAAGACAUCGAUGGAGCAGAAGCAGAAAGGAAUUCAGUGCACACACAGUUGGAAGACCUCAAUGUUGCCAAUGAUCUGGCUCUUCCUUCCCACACCCAACAACAUGGUAGCGGAAAACUCAGCUAGACUGGGCCUCGCCAUAUGA